CUUUUCCUCGCAUGAACGUUAUCAAUCAACCACGAAGAUUAAACGAUAAAAAUGCAUAUAGCUAUACAAUUACUGAUAGCUAUCGUAAUAUCAGAAUUUAUCGCGAUCGUACCACAAGAUGUUGUACAGUCGUUGGUGGAAAGCAUCUACAACUUCACAUUCAACAGAUCACAUUUGAAUAAUCAGCGCCAGUUAAGAAAGGACAUAAUGAAGACUAAGAAGGACCUCACGAGCACGUCUUCACAGGAUGAGUUCUCCAAGUGGGCCAAACUCAAACGUAGACAUGACAAGCUACUCAAAGAACACGAGGAUAAUAAGCAAACUAACACCAAAGCGCAAGUAUUGAUAAAACCAUUCGUAAAGGUCGUCAUGUUCGCCAUACCUUCAAUUCUACAAUUUGGAGUAACUAUUGCGAAUGGAAAGCGCACUAUUAUACAUCUUCCACCUCAGAAUUGGUUUGGUAGCGUACUUGGUUUAGUCUUUUGUCUCCCCUUUAGUCCGAGAGGCACUAUAUCUGCUACUAUCUACGGCAUGGUCGUUAAGAGGGUAUUGAAAUUGCUCAAACAAUUCAAACAAGAUUUAGGUAUUAUAUUAUUUGGCGUUAGUCAACCAGAAGUGAAGAAACAAAAAGGGAAUGUAAGUGAAGACAAGAAGCAGGAUGCUAGCCAUACCAAGACACCACUCAAAGCAGAGUAAAUGUAGUAAUAAUGUUAUAUAAAUUAAAUCAUUUUAGAAACCUGCUGCUGAUCUC